AUGGUCAUUGAUUCGGUUGUCGUGCACGAACAAUCUGCCUUCAUCAAGGGAAGGAGUAUUUUAGAUGGACCCAUUAUCGUCAGCGAGAUAAUAUCUUGGGCAAAAAAAACUAAUCGCAAAUCCUUGAUUUUUAAAAUUGACUUCGAAAAAGCUUUUGAUACCUUGUCUUGGGAUUUUCUGGAGGAUGUUCUAAGGGGAAUGCGGUUUGGCGCGAAAUGGAGAGCGUGGAUCAAAGGGUGCCUCAGUUCGGCAUCGGUAGCGGUCCUCAUCAAUGGAUGCCCGACUCGCGAAUUCCCUCUAAGAAGGGGUGUAAGGCAAGGAGAUCCCCUGGCCCCACUCCUUUUCAUACUCGCUGCCGAAACUCUCAAUAUCAUUAUGUCGGAAGCCUCUCGGAAAGGUAUUUUCAGUGGUAUCAAACUUCCUAACUCCGGGCCUGAAUUAUCGAUUUUGCAAUUUGCUGAUGAUGUCUUGAUCAUGGGUGAAUGGUCGAGAUCGAAUGCUACUAAUUUGGUUCGGUUGUUGCGAUGCUUACAAUUGUCUUCAGGGUUAAAGGUGAAUAUGCAGAAGAGUAAUAUAAUGGGCGUGGGGCUGACUAUGAUGAAGUAG